AUGGACCGCAAACGAACCAAGGUCCCCGCGGGCAUGAUCCACCGCUGGGGCAGAACGCCAGUGUCCUGCCAUUUGUGUCGUGCGAAGAAGUUGCGGUGCGACCGUGCCCAUCCGUGCUCAAAUUGCGUUCAGCGGAAAGUCAACUGCGUCUACUCCGGUCAGGGAGGCUUUCAGUCCGGGCGCUCGACCACCCCGAUCGUGAAGCUCACUGGCCAUCGGCAGGCUGUAUCCACCUCUAUCGUCGAAAACAAUGAAAAUGCCCUACAAGACCGUGUUCGGCGAUUGGAGGAAAUAAUCAUGCAAGGAGGAAACCAGGUUCCGCAGGUGCUCAGCACAGAAGGCCCUCCACGCGCAACGGGAGUCUUGGAUGAAGACGGACGGCCAGAUCUGAGAAGCAACAGCUCAAGUCAGCUGAUCCCAUUAGAUACAUGCCUUAGGACGAGGUCCGGACGUGACGAAGACAGACUCCUCCAAUUUGGCACACCUAUUCCUGCUAAUUCUCCGCUCGCAACUCUCUUGGAUCUUAACGUGCCAUUGCUUACAAAGUUCCUCCCUUCACUGGAGCAAGCAACGGAUUUGUUCAACCACUUUGCUCGCUGUCUGCAGCCAACAUUCGGCGUACUUCAUAUUCCAUCCACAAGGACUUUGAUGCAACAAUUAUACCAGGUGCUGCUGGAUGGAGAUGAGCCGGACCUGGCUAGUUUGGCCCUGGUCUACGCAAUUUUUGCUGGAGCAGCACUGGCGUGGACCACUGAGUUCCUCGAGGCACUCCAUGCUACCCCGGCAGAGGCGAAAACGGCCUUCUCAACCUACAGCCGGGUAGCCUUGCUGAUCCUUGAUGACCACCAGCAGGCCCUGCCCUUAUCAACGAUUGCGCUUGAAGCCCUGUGCACUCUCGGGUAUGUCUUGACUCAUACCGAUGGCUUCUCGCAUAAACUCCAGACGUUGCGGAUUCGCCAACUUUUGAUGGCCCGAGCAUUGCAAAUUCAUCGCCUGGACUCGGCGAAAUGCAUUGAGGAACGAAGGCUAAAAGGCUGCAAUCUCAUUGAAACUGAGGUAAAACGUCGGAUUUGGUGGCACAUGGUUGCAUCAGACUGGAUUUUCGCGUUAUCCAGCGGCCCACAAGAAGGGACCUAUCUUCUGCAACCGAAGCACAUGAACGUGAACCGUCCAAGCAACGUUGACGACGAAUUCGUUUCAGCCCCGGGAGCACAACACGGCUUUCCCCUCACUAUCCCAACGUCCAUGUCCGCAUUUCUCUACCGCGUCCAUCUCGCCGAGCUGUGCAGGGAAAUUGUCGACGUACUCCCACCAGGACUUUUCGAGUCACCCGAAACUUGGUACAAGGAAGUUGACUACAACAUUAUCCUGGACCUCGACAAACGCAUCCAGAGUACCUUAGCCAACCUCCCCAUUUACUUCAAGCUCGACCCAGCCAGCAUCCAACAAAGCCUAUCUAUCUGCCAUCAGCGCCCUUACAUUGCCUACCAACGCACCUUUCUUCAUUUCGGCAUCAAUACGCGCAUCUGCCGCCUCCAUAGGCCGUUCCAUCUGGAGGGCUUUGGAAACCCACAAUAUGCCUAUUCCAGAUCAAUGUGCGUCCGCUCUGCAGAGACAGUCCUCAGCCUUCGCCAGUCUCUAGACGACGUUGGCGCUCUUAUCAAUCUUAACCCAUCGCGCUUCUGGGUAGUCGUUCAGCAUGUUUACCACGCUGCCAUCAUUCUAGCAACAGAGGUCUCAUUGAAUCCUCAAUCUCCAGAAGCCGCUGCGCGAAAGGAGGAGGUACUUGCUGCAUGUAGAAUGCUGGAACGCUCAAAGCAUGAAUCAGCGGCCCUGAAGAAAGCGAUUCAGAAGAACACACAGACCCUGCGCAUGAUCCUUCAAAACCAGGCGCCCGUGUCUAAAAUCGGGCCAAUGGCCACAAAGAAUUGCGGCAACUCCCGUUUACCGGACACGGGCGGACAGCCAAAUCUCUCCAGCAACAUCGACAGCCUAUACAUAGUCAAUCCAUCAGUCCCCGCAGUCUCUACCUUCACAGGGACUGAGCAGGAAGUAUAUGUUCCAGGAGCUUCCGAGUGGCCUGACACCUUUCAGGAUCAAUCAUUCGACGAUGAUACGUGGGGCAAGCUUUGGUCCGACGUGUUUGAUGUCGGCCUAGAACUAGAUGUACCUGAUUGGAACUCUAUCCUGGGAGACUUAGCUCCCAGCGACGAAAUCACUACAUCAAGCCAAAUACGUCUCCUCGCCUCGCUCGACACCAUCCCGGCUCACACUCACGCGAAUGUGGCAAAGACCUAUAUUCCACCUUGGUUUAUGUGCAAGGAUCCGACAACAGAGCGGAUCUCGACAUCGAUAAUGCCAGAGAACGACUCGUCCAUCUCCUUCCUACAAGACCUCAACCUUCUAAGCAAAAGCUUCCAGGCCGCACGCAACGCCGUCCCCCUAUGCGCAACCUGCCACAGAGGAUUCACAAGCCCCCUCGACCCCGGCCUGAUCUUCUACCCCAAGAACCUAGAAUUAUUUAUUCAAUUCGAGCUUUAUACCCGCUCUCAACGGAAACGUGCCGAAUCCAGCAGCGGACAAACCCCACUCAAACAGCGCGCACCAACAGCAACCCAGUACGCAACUUACCAAAACAGACCGCGUGGCUUGGGCAUGUAUACUCGUGUCGUCCUGAAGGGAGAUGAAGAUUCGGGUCCGGAGGUUCUGUCCGCGAGGGCGUGGGGUGGCGAGCCCCUAGCAGCGAUCCGACGCGCUAUCGCUGUCCUUGGGAGUCCGCUAUAUAUGGCGUUGCCGGAGAAAGAUAUACUGCGGGAUCUUUAUCUUGGAGGUGUGAAUGGUGAUGCUACGGCGGAGGAGGUUGGCUUUGAGUAUGGGGGUUUUGGCGACAAUGAGUUUUUUGGGCUUAGGGCUAUUUUGGCUGGCUAG